UCCUAUUAAGAUUAAAAAAUGGUAGGAGUAAUUAAUCUACUCCUAGUUUGAACACUAAUAGAGAUAGGCUACUAGGCAGAGAAGCAAGAGUAAAAGUACAAGCAAAAGGUGGGGGGUUGGGAAGGGCCAACCCGCCAUUUAUUAGCCUUUUUGCUCCUCAUUUUCCUUCACAUCUUUCUCUCUCUUUUUUCUUUCUCCAUUUCUCUUUUAAGAGAAAUCAAACAAUUUUUCUUCUCUAAAAAACAAAAAACUUCUAAUUAAGUGUAACUAAGAAGCUUCAUUUAUUUUUUUUUCUAAGCAUAAUUCUUAGUCAGAGGUAAUUCUGUACUGUUUUCUGAGUUGGGUUUUAAAGGAUCCUGCUUUCAUCUUGAAAGUUGGGAUCUUUCUUUUGCUAAAACACUUGAUUUUUCUUGAUUUGGGAGCAAAUUAUUACUGGUUUCUAAUGGGUCUUUGUCUUAGUGCAAGAAUCAAGGCUGAAAGCCCUUCACACACAGGGAUAAACUCGAUAUAUGUUAGCUCGGAUGGAAAUGAUCCGACUUUCCCAAGUAGUAAGGUCUCAUCGGCACCUUUAACACCAAGGAGUGAGGGUGAAAUUUUGCAAUCCCCUAAUUUGAAAGGUUUCAGUUUCUCUGACCUCAAAGCAGCCACCCGAAACUUUCGUCCUGAUAGUGUGCUCGGAGAAGGUGGUUUUGGGGCCGUGUUCAAGGGAUGGAUUGACGAGAAUUCAUACACUGCUACCAAACCUGGUACGGGCAUGGUUAUUGCUGUGAAACGGCUUAACACAGAGAGCUUUCAGGGUCACAGAGAAUGGUUGGCGGAGGUCAAUUAUCUUGGACAGCUCUACCAUCCUCAUCUCGUGAAACUUAUAGGAUAUUGCUUGGAAGAUGAGCACCGCCUUUUGGUGUAUGAGUUCAUGCCUAGGGGAAGCUUGGAGAAUCAUCUAUUCAGAAGAGGUUCAUACUUUCAACCACUUUCUUGGAACCUCCGGAUGAAGGUCGCUCUUGGAGCUGCUAAGGGUCUUGCCUUUCUUCACAGUGCAGAAGUUCAAGUUAUAUAUCGUGAUUUCAAGACCUCUAAUGUCCUCUUGGACUCCAACUACACAGCAAAACUUUCCGAUUUUGGGUUAGCCAAGGAUGGACCUACUGGCGAUAAAAGUCAUGUUUCAACUCGCGUAAUGGGUACCUAUGGAUAUGCAGCUCCGGAAUAUCUAGCUACAGGUCACUUAACAAUUAAAAGUGAUGUUUAUAGCUUUGGAGUGGUUCUCCUCGAGAUGCUCUCAGGCCGAAGGGCAAUGGACAAAAACAGGCCAUCAGGGGAGCACAACCUGGUCGAGUGGGCCCGUCCCUAUUUAACUAACAAGAGGAAAAUCUUCCGCGUCUUGGAUAAUCGUCUAGAGGGCCAGUAUAGUUUGGAUUCCGCCUGUAGAGUGGCGACCCUUGCAUUCCGAUGCCUGUCAACUGAACCCAAGUUUAGGCCCGUGAUGAAUGAGAUAGUGAAAGAAUUGGAGCAACUUCAAGAUCCAUCAAAGGAAACACGUAGCAGUUCUAGCACAGCGGCACGAGCUAGGAGACGAAGUGCACAUCAAAGCACCAACCGAUCAAUAUCGGCAGUGUCGUAUCAUAGAACUUAGAACCACAAUGUUGUACGAGGAAAGAUCGAAAAGUACGAUAAGUAUGUUUUUGGUUGAAUGUACAGCUCUUGUUCCGACUGAUGUAAUUCCACAGUAUAUCUGCAAAGGAAAAAUGCAACUUUUAGAGUUAAAAUAUUGAAGUUGCAAGCUCCUGAUAAAAGAAAAUUUCUGAUGUAACGAGAUGCAUGUAUGUGAAAGCUUCUUUGUUGUAAUCUAAUUUUGUGAUUCCUGUU